UACAAACAUCACAAAAAUUCGCCAUAAUGAAUGAAUUGCAAACACAAACGUCGACAGAAAUUCAAUUUGAACAACACAUAAAGGAUUAUGCAACAACGUUAAAAACGGUUACAAUAACACCAGCUAUGACACUGUCGAAUAAUAGUGCUGCACUAACAACGAUGACGACAGCACCGACAACGCCGGUAGCAGUAUCAAUAAUGGAUAAUCAAAAAAUUAUCGUUGCAAGCCAAGAGUCACCCAUGCAAAUGUUUUAUAAAGAUAAAGGCAUCCUUCUAACCGGCGGUACUGGCUUCUUUGGUAAAAUAAUAAUUGAAAAAUUAUUAAGGGUUACCGACGUUGGACAAAUUUAUCUUCUUAUACGUUCAAAAAAGGGCAAAGAUAUUUAUACGCGUUUAGAUGAUAUAUUUAAUGACCCUAUUUUCGAUCAACUUAAAACUUUUAAACCAAAAUAUCGCGAAAAAAUUACAAUUAUUAGUGGUGACUGUUCGCUGCCUGCAUUAGGUAUAUGCUCGACGGAACGCGAACAAAUUAAGGAACAGGUGAAUAUUGUCAUACAUGCUGCCGCUACAGUGCGUUUUGAUGAAAAACUGAAAAUGGCUAUAGCCAUUAAUGUUAACGGUACUAAGGAGAUUUUGAAAUUAGCCAAAGAAAUUCAUCACCUAAAGGCUGUUGUUCAUGUUUCUACUGCUUUCGCUCAUUGCAAUCGUCGUUAUAUUGAAGAGAAAUUCUAUAACUCUUCCCUAUCUGGGGAUAACGCAUGCAAAUUAUGUGAAUGUCUCGACGAUCAUACGCUAAAUGUUUUAACGCCUACCAUUAUUAAAGACUACCCUAAUACGUAUACGUACACCAAAGUGUUGGCAGAAGAUGUCGUUCAACAGUAUGCUGGUAACUUACCUAUAACCGUAUUUCGUCCAGGCAUAGUUAUAACUACUUACAGGGAGCCAGUAGCCGGAUGGAUAGACAAUAUGUAUGGGCCUUGUGGGAUUAUAGUCGGCAUCGGUUCAGGUGUAUUACGUGUUUUUAGCGGCCAAGUAGAUAAUAGCGCUAAUGUGGUGCCAGUCGAUUUGUGUGUAAACGCCUUAUUGACCAGUGCGUGGGAUAUAGCCAAAAAUAAAUAUGAUAGCCCACCCAUUUAUAAUUACGUGCCGGAUGCCAGUAAUAGGACCACUUGGCGUGAUUACAUUGAAUAUGGCUUCAAAUAUGGUAAGGAUUUGCCUUUACGCAAAUCGAUUUGGUAUCCGCGUUUUACUGUCGUACCAUAUAAAUGGCAAUUUUAUAUACUAUCGUUUCUCUAUCACACGGUGCCGGCCUUGUUUAUGGAUUUAUUGAUGUUGGUUAUCGGUAAAAAGCCCAGAAUGCUGAAAAUUUACCGUAAAAUUCAUAAAUUCUGUGCGGUAAUGGAAUAUUUUAGCGCAAAUGAAUUCAAAUUCGAUAACGACAAUGUGCGCAAUCUGUCAUCGAAGCUGGAGGCAACGGAUAAACAACUGUUUGCCUUCGACAUGCGCGAGCUAAGCUGGACUGAAUUGUUUCAAAUUAAUUUGGUGGGUCUACGAUUGUAUGUAGUAAAGGAUGAUCCCAGCACAAUACCGGAAUCGAUUAAACGGCACGACCGUUUAAAAUUACUCCACUAUUGUACUCUGCUCGUGGUGUAUAGUCUAGUGCUGGUGGUGUUUUAUCAAAUUUUAAAAUCAUUUUUAUUUUAAUAUUGUUAUAUAAAUAAAGAAAAGCAUAAAAGAA